UUUUUUUUAUUAUUAUUUGUGAAAAUAAUGUCUUUUGAUACAAUGGUAAUGUGCCCAGCUACUUGUGAAUUAUGUGGACAAUGGAUGCCUCGACAUAGCGAAAACUGUCCUCGAAGUGGAGUGCAUCCUUCACAAUGGUCUCUUGACAGUGAUCCACUUGGUUUUUCAGCCAAUAAUAAUGACAUAUACGACAAUGAACCAUCGUUCAUUUUAUUCCCCUUCUUAUAUCCCUCUUCUUCUCCCUCCACCGACUAACGUUUUGUACA